CUACCCCACUAGCCCUAUUUAGUAACUAAUUACUUCGACUUCUUCGCCAUUCGGACGCGACGCGGCGUGACGCACUUCAGCCAAGACUUCAAGUUGUCGUCCCGCUCACCCCAAUAUCUCACUUCACCUCACCUCUCACCCCAAAGCAUCAAGCAAAGGUGCUUCUCUACCAUCUCUCGACUCAUUCGGUUCGCGAAUCAAUCAUGGAGGCGUCUUCCACGGCACGCGUCAUCUGCAGCUAUCUCGAUUCCUACGUCGGCAAGAAUGUCAUCGUGGUGGGCAAGGUCGUGCAGAUCCGCGGCGACGAGGCCGUUAUCGACGCCGAUGGCAACAUCACGGCGCACCUGAACCGCGGGAGUCACCUUGCGGCUGGCAACGGAGCGCAACUCAUUGGGAAAGUCAACCCAGACCUAUCGGUUAAAGUCCUCAGUUCCCUUGACCUGGGUAACAAUGUCGAUUUCUCUCUUGCCAACCUCGUUGCCAAGGUUUCGCACCAGAAUAAGGACUUGUUUAUAUACGACUAAGGGCAAACGAUGUAUCGAACCAGAGAUAUCCUGCUUUCUUUCUUCCUACGUAGUUACGUAGUUAGUCUCCAGAGAAAAAAAACAGAGCGGGUCACAGUGGCAAAACAAGUAUCUGCCCGCUCCACUCACACCUGUCUUCUUUACCAA